AUGCGCCUUGCUUGCUCAGAACACGUGCAGGUUGGUCACAUCUUCACGACGGAGGAAACUCUGUACCAGCUAGGUGCUGGCAACAACGAUCCCCAGUUUGCACCUGCUGGUGGCAUUGAGAUUCUGGGAGGUGAUGCUGAGACGAACCUGGUCACGUUGCAGGAUGGGUCAACCAGACUGCGGCUCCAGAUGAUGGGCGGCGAAUAUUCCACUGCAAAAAUCUCUCGUGGCAAUUAUCUGAGCAUGUGGCUGGAGCCAUUGACGGCAUGGCAGUUGCCGGAGACGUGUGGAGAUCGAACGGACACAAGUGUGGAGACUGGCAGCAUCCGCAUCCACUGCUUCGUUAUCAUUGGCAAUUUUCGCCGCUGCGGUGAAGUGGUCAACUGCGCAGGGAUCAAGAUCUACGAGCUGGACGUUUACAGCCUGAAGCUGCCAGCCUCUGGCGCUCUUCCCCAUCGCCUGAUGGUGCAAAUGACGAAGGAAGAUGGCACCAAGCCACAUUUCAGGGUGGCAACUGGCCGCUUCUAUAACGCACCUACCCGUGAUUUUGCAACCAUCGGGCGGGUGCUCAGCGCGCCAGAGAUGGGCCUCGAGCCGUUCGAAGGUGUGCCAAGCCACAUCCUUUACGUCAUGCUUCAGAUGGCUGUGCCACUGCGUGGGCAGGACAGGACGCGGCUUGCACCCAAUGCUCGUCCUGGCUCCUACUUUAUCAUCAAAGCCCCACCGGGCUUCCGGAUGUUGCAAGCCGUGGAGGUUAACCACACAGGUGGUGCCCUCGGCAUGGUGACUCUCACGCCUGAUGGGGAUGCAGCAUCUCGCCUCAACAACACAAUGCCACAGCCUUCCCCGACGGGCUUCGGCACGCCCGACCUGCGAGGGUGGUCCAUGCUGGGCGAGGAAGCCACGUACUCGCUUCUGGACAGGUCCUUGAUUCCGGCAAUGUCAUCGCUCGUUGUGGGCCUGCGGGUGUAUCCCGGAAACACCAGUCUGCCCAUCACGAACACUCUGAACCUGUGGUCUGUGCAGGUAUUCUCUCCUGGAGACCACAACCUGUCAAUGGUAAACUUCAGCGCAAAGUUCUAUCGUACAGGGCUGGGAGGAGUACCAGUGCUCGGAAGACUGGAAAAUGCCUUGAUCCAGCCGGUGGUUCCGAUGGUUUCUCCCAGCGCCAACCAGCCAACAAUGCAGUCGCUAAGUGUCUUCUUCCGAGCCGUGGAGGACGUCAAUGCCGGUGGAUCCAUUGACGUGGAGGCGCCUCGCGUGUUCGACUUCGGCAUAGCCUGUCAAGCUGUCGAUCUGACGGAUGGGUACUAUGUAACUGGUCCAGUCCCUUCGGUGCAUCGCCUUCCUGAGAUUGUUCGUUGUGAAAGCCACCGCGGCAGCGGCCUUAUAACAGGUCCGUACAACAUCGCCCGAAUCUACAUGGAGGGCCCGUUGAAGGGAGCAAACAUCUACGGCUUCUCGCUGACGGUGAGAAAUCCAACGCUGGAUGAAGUGUCGCAGAUCCUCUCACUGACCGAUCCAUGGUCCGACAUGGAUUGGAACAUGACGACCCGGGGGCCGGAAGGAUCUCCGGUUUGUGCCACUUACGGCGGCGCGCCUGGUGCUGCAGAUGGCAGCGGAUCCUGGCGACUUGUCAACAAGUCGAUUCCACCAAAGGCAUCUGUCAGCCUGGGCCUAGCUCGACCACUGUUAUGCUUGACUUGCCUCAAAAGGCAGCGCACUGCUUUUCUUGGUUAG